AAAACCCAGUGAUCUUUCAUUCCAUUGGACAAUUUAUAUCGUGAUUAUUUAUUGGAUGUUUCAUUUGGAAUGAGAAAUUAUCUGAUUUAAUUUUUUCUUUUUUUAUUGGUGGCUUCCCACUGUGGUUUCCUGAUGGGGUGUCUUGGAGAACUGUAGAUGGACAAUGAUUCUACCAAGCAGCCUUUACAAAUGUAUUGUAAUUUCAGUAUAACUAUAUAACCCAGUUUCUUUCAGAGGUGACCCUAAUGAGGCAGUUGUAUUAGUCAACUAAAUUUGGUUGUCAUGAAAGUCCAGCAAUUUUUAAUUGUGGAAUAUAACAGUUGGAGAGGACCUUAAAAAUUGUCUACUCUAAUCCAGUGUGAGAAUCCAUUCCUAGAGCAUCUCCAGCCUCUAUUUAAACAUCUCCAGGGAAAAGAGUCCAUCUCCCAAGGCUGUCUCUUCCUUUGGUGAAGGGCUCUUCCAGUUAGGACAUUUUUCUGAUGUCUGUCCAGAAUGUCUUUUCUUGAGAUUUAAACCCCUGGUCUUCUGGCACAAUCCUGAACAAUUCUGACUGCAUCUUAUGCCUCACAGCCCUUCAGAUACUUGAAGACAGCUAUUGGAGUCUGCCCCCUUGCAAUCUUCUCUUCCCCAUGCAUGCUCAGUCCCUUAAAUUGUUCUUUCUUGUGUUUUCCUUUCCAGCCCCUGAUAUCUUGGUUGCUCUUCUCUGGACACACUCCAGUUUGUCAGUGUCCUUCCUAAAAUAGUUGUUUUAUGUAUUUCUGUAUUUUUAUUGCUAAGGAGAGACAAUCAAGGGAAUCUCUCGCUGAAACACCAAACUAAAAAAUAGCUUGAUCAGUCCUGAAUUCUAGGCUCCUUCGCUUUUCCAGCAAACAUCUUCUGGUGGUAUGUAUUUCUGUUACACAGAAUAAACUUCAUAAUUAUUAAGAAGAAACUCCGAAGAUGAGGUGGGUGCCAAAGGCUUACUUCAGUGAGUAGAUAAUACAUAACCAAAAUUUUGUGGCGGGGGGAAUUUGCUGAUGGCCAUAGAGACUUGGGCUAGAUUGAUCCAACUCUGAUUGACUCUGUUGACAUCAAGGUUUGUCUGUCUGUCUGUCCUCCCAUCUUCUUUGCAGAACAUGGUGAUGAGCUUCCGGGUCUCAGACCUGCAGAUGUUGUUAGGAUUUGUUGGCCGGAGCAAGAGUGGUCUAAAACACGAACUGGUAACUCGGGCCUUGCAGCUGGUCCAGUUUGACUGUAGCCCAGAACUGUUCAAGAAGAUAAAAGAGAUCUACGAGACUCGUUAUGCCAAGAUCUCUGACCCAGGACAGCCACCACAGCAGCCGCCACCACCACAGCACCGACCUCCUUCUGAAGCUCUUUCCAUCCAUCCUUCCUAUGACCGCAACAGCACGGUAGCCAGGACUGCCCUCUCGACUACCAACAUAGACUAUCCCUCCCUCUAUGGAAAGUAUUUAAACGGACUGGGACGGUUGCCUGUGAAACCAGUGAAGCCUGAGGUCCGGUUGGUGAAACUUCCCUUCUACACUAUCUUGGAUGAACUGUUGAAGCCCACAGAGCUUGUCCCACAGAACAGCGAGAAGCUUCAAGAGAGUCCAUGUGUGUUUGCCCUGACGCCACGACAAGUCGAGCUGAUCAGAAAUUCCAGGGAAUUGCAGCCGGGCGUGAGAUCAGUCCAGGUUGUCCUCAGAAUCUGCUACACAGAUACCAGCUGCCCUCAGGAAGACCAGUAUCCCCCAAAUAUCGCUGUCAAAGUAAACCACAGUUACUGUUCUGUUCCGGGCUAUUACCCUUCCAACAAGCCCGGGGUGGAGCCAAAAAGGCCUUGUCGUCCCAUCAACCUGACUCACCUCAUGUACCUGUCUUCCGCCACCAACCGCAUCACCGUCAUCUGGGGCAAUUACGGGAAGAGUUACUCUGUGGGUCUUUUCCUGGUGCGACAGACGACGUCGGCAGAGCUGUUGCAGCGGUUAAAAGCCAUCGGGAUUAAACACCCAGAGCUGUGCAAGGCCCUUGUCAAAGAGAAGUUGCGACUGGAUCCAGAGAGUGAGAUUGCCACCACGGGCGUCCGAAUAUCUUUAAUAUGCCCGCUGGUAAAGAUGCGCCUGUCGGUGCCGUGUCGGGCUGAAACCUGUGCCCACCUGCAGUGCUUCGAUGCGGUUUUCUAUCUGCAGAUGAAUGAGAAGAAACCCACAUGGAUGUGUCCGGUGUGUGACAAACCAGCCACAUAUGACCAGCUGAUGAUUGAUGGGCUCCUGUCGAAGAUCUUAAAGGAAUGCGAGGAUGCAGAUGAAAUUGAGUACUUGGUGGAUGGCUCCUGGCGCCCGAUCAAAGCAGAGAAGGAGAGGAGCUACAGCCCUCAGUGUCCGAUACUAGUUGUGGGUGGAUCCACAGGGGGCACAUCUGAUGUCAAUGGGGUGCCACCUCCCGCCCCCAGCGUGGAGAACGGCAAGAUCCCAGCCGAUGUGGUGGAUUUGACACUGGACAGCUCGUCCUCGGAAGAUGAGGAGGAGGAGGAGGAGGAGGAAGACGACAACGGCGGAGGACCCAAAAGGAAAGUGCCCCGUCUGUACAAGAACGGCCUGGCUUCUGCCUGCUGACCACGGGCGGCAGCGCGUAAACUCCACGUGGGAAAGCUUGAAUUCCUCGGUGCUUACUCAGAUAUGGGAUGGGGGGUAUCUUCCCCCUGCCCAACCCCCUCAUCUUGUCCUCCUCCAAAGCUUCCUUUGACUUCCCAAUUCCAAGUUAAGACUUUUUUUUAACAAAUAGACCCAUCUGGAUGGGGUGGCGCUGCUGCAUGGCUGGAAGACCCCACCUCGCAACCCACGUCUUUGUCUCUCUCUGCCUUCAGCUCAGCUCGAACUGCCUUUGGAAGUGGAGGGGGGCGCCUCUCCUGCACGCAGCCCUUUGGGAAUUGCCACUGACUCUGUAUUCCUUCCCCCCUGCGCCCGUCCACACCCCCCCACACACACCUUGCUUUGUGGUUAACCUGACACAGGCUGGUGAGAACUGAUCCAAACACCGGCCAGUCGCCAGAACUUUUCACGGGUGUUCAAAGUCACAUUUGUCUUUCAUUGGCCUUGUUCGACAACCAUUCCUGACUCUCUUGCUCUUGCAAAACACCUUGCUGGACACUGUUGAGGGGUGUUUCUUUUUCAUCCUUAGCCAGGUGGAGAGGUUUUUGAAACCCAGCGAGAGACCCAGGUUUUCUUAUUCCCAUCAGGACGGAAGGUAAAGGGGUGGGUGGGAACCGAAACGGGAUGGAAAGAGGGGGACAACUGCCAGGGAGGCGCUGAGUGUCUUGGCGGUCCCCCUCCCGGAGAGAACCUCAUGUAAAGAAAAGGUUGGGACUCU